AAAAAUUCACCAGGGUGUUGCUGGAGCAACAGCAGGACCGAGCCCGGCGGGAGCAAGAGAGGAUCCGACUCUAUUCAGCUGACCCUUUUGAUCUCGAGGCACAGGCCAAGAUAGAAGAAGACAUAAGGCAACAAAACAUUGAAGAAAAUAUGACGAUAGCAAUGGAAGAGGCUCCUGAGAGUUUUGGCCAAGUGGUGAUGCUGUAUAUUAACUGCAAAGUCAAUGGCCAUCCCGUGAAAGCCUUUGUUGACUCAGGUGCCCAGAUGACCAUCAUGAGCCAAGCUUGUGCUGAAAGGUGCAACAUCAUGAGGCUGGUAGAUCGGCGAUGGGCUGGCAUUGCUAAAGGUGUAGGGACACAGAAAAUCAUUGGUAGAGUGCACUUAGCUCAGGUCCAGAUUGAAGGGGAUUUCCUGGCGUGCUCCUUCUCAAUCCUCGAAGAGCAGCCCAUGGACAUGCUUCUAGGACUGGAUAUGCUGAAGAGGCAUCAGUGUUCGAUUGAUCUCAAGAAGAACGUUCUAGUGAUUGGCACGACUGGCUCGCAGACCACUUUCCUCCCGGAGGGGGAGCUCCCGGAGUGUGCCCGGCUGGCUUACGGGGCUGGGCGGGAAGACAUACGGCCGGAGGAGAUUGCAGACCAGGAACUAGCAGAAGCAAUACAGAAGUCCGUAGAGGAAGCAGCUGCUGCUAGAUGGUACCAGGAAAACCAAGUGAAAGAACAGGAAACUGGAGGGGGAGAGAACAUAAUGCAGGACCAAGGAAGCUCAGCUCCACCCAAGGCCUGUGUUCUUUUAUAA